UCAUGGACAACCGAGAAUAGUGUUAAUGCCAGUCCAAGCAUUUGUCAGAGAGAGACUGGUUUGCAUCAUGUCCUGCAGUCUUAGGAUAUCACCUGGAAAUUUGAAAAGUCUUUUAAUGGCUACCUGGAUUGAAGCAUCAGCUAGGCUGGCAUUGGUACUUCUAAUGAAAGCUGGCAGAAGAUGACUUCAUCUUGGCUUAUUCCCAAUAUGAAAGAGCUCUUCAAUCACACUACCUGAUUCAUCAGCAAUAUUGUGGCUCAUCCAUGACCAAGUGCAUAUCACGUCUGCCAGUUUCAAGAGCCUCUUAAGAAAAUGGGCACAUUAAUAUAGGAAAUGCGGCCAAACUGUAUCAGAGGACAGAGCGCAGCACCUAAGCUCUAUUUGUUAGAGCAGAUAAGCCUUUCAUACUCAGGGACUGAUGCAUGGCAUUUUCAGAUGUCACCGAGAAGAAGCCGUGAACAGUAAAAUGCAUAGCCAAAACGUUUGUGACCUUAGUACUUGGAAUAUUCAUCAUCCUGGAUAAUUACUCUGAAAUUCUGCUAUAGGAUAAAUGCCUUGAGAAGCACAAGAUGAUGAUGAAUAGCACUGAAGCCUUGGAAUCUUUGUAUUGACUGAAGAAUUACAAUGUUUAGUUUGUGAACAAAAACUAUUUUGUAGUGGACAAAACAUUUGAAAAUGCGGCCAUGGACUGGCUCCUGGCGAUGGAUUAUGCUCAUCCUUUUUGCUUGGGGAACAUUGCUCUUUUACAUAGGUGGACACUUAGUAAGAGACAGUGAGCAUCCGGAUCACUCUAGCCGUGAACUGUCAAAAAUACUAGCAAAACUUGAACGAUUGAAACAGCAAAAUGAAGAUUUAAGACGAAUGGCAGAGUCUCUCAGGAUACCAGAUGGUUCUAUUGAUCAGGGUCCUGCUGCAGGAAGAGUACAUGCUUUAGAAGAACAGCUAAUAAAAGCCAAAGAACAGAUGGAAAAUUACAAACAACAAACAGGAGAUGUGGGCUUUGGAAAAGACCAUGAAAUACUAAGAAGAAGGAUUGAAAAUGGAGUCAAAGAGUUUUGGUUUUUUCUCCAGAGUGAACUGAAGAAAUUAAAAAACCUGGAAGGAAAUGAAUUGCAUAAACAUAUUGAUGAACUUCUAUCUGACUUGGGUGAACAUGAAAGGUCAAUAAUGACAGAUCUGUUUUACCUCAGUCAAACUGAUGGAGCAGGUGCUUGGCGAGAAAAAGAAGCCAAAGAUUUGACAGAGCUAGUGCAGAGGAGAAUAACUUAUCUGCAGAAUCCCAAGGAUUGUAGCAAAGCCAAGAAACUAAUAUGCAAUAUCAACAAAGGAUGUGGUUAUGGUUGUCAACUUCAUCAUGUGGUCUAUUGCUUCAUGAUAGCAUAUGGCACUGAAAGGACACUGAUUUUGGAAUCCCAAAAUUGGCGCUAUGCAACUGGAGGCUGGGAGACUGUUUUUCGGCCAGUGAGUGAAACAUGUACUGAUAGAUCAGGAAGUACUACAGGGCAUUGGUCAGGUGAAAUGAAUGACAAAAAUGUUCAAGUUAUAGAAUUGCCCAUAGUUGACAGUCUACAUCCACGACCUCCAUAUUUGCCACUGGCGAUUCCAGAAGAUCUGGCUGAUAGACUAAUUCGCGUCCAUGGGGACCCUCCAGUAUGGUGGGUCUCACAGUUUGUCAAAUACUUAAUUCGUCCACAGCCUUUGUUAGAAAAAGAGAUAGAAGAAGCUACAAGAAAACUUGGUUUUAAACAUCCAAUUGUUGGUAUUCACGUCCGUAGAACAGACAAAGUGGGAACAGAAGCAGCAUUUCAUCCAAUUGAAGAAUACAUGGCACAUGUUGAAGAACGUUUCCAGCUUCUUUCCCGGAGAAAACAUAUUGACAAAAAGCGAGUCUAUUUGGCUACAGAUGAUCCUUCGCUAUUGCAAGAGGCAAAAUCCAAAUAUCCAAACUAUGAAUUCAUAAGUGACAAUUCCAUAUCAUGGUCAGCAGGUCUUCAUAAUCGAUAUACUGAAAACUCUCUGCGGGGUGUUAUUUUGGAUAUACACUUCUUGUCUCAGGCAGACUUCCUUGUGUGCACUUUUUCUUCACAGGUUUGUCGAGUUGCUUAUGAAAUCAUGCAGACAUUACAUCCUGAUGCAUCUGCCUAUUUUCAUUCUUUGGAUGAUAUUUAUUACUUUGGGGGACAGAAUGCCCACAACCAGAUUGCAAUUUAUGCUCAUCAUCCUCGAACUGCUGAUGAAAUUCCUAUGGAAGCUGGAGAUAUAAUUGGUGUUGCUGGAAACCACUGGGAUGGCUAUUCCAAAGGCAUAAAUAGAAAAUUAGGGAGAACAGGUUUAUACCCUUCCUAUAAAGUGAAAGAGAAAAUUGAGACAGUCAAGUAUCCCAUAUAUGAAGAGGCUGACAAAUAAAGGCAAGCAAAAUAAUUCAUAGCAACUUUUACUUUGAACUAUUACAACCAACCAUAUUGUUGACUUUUGUAGGAUGUGAAUUUGCAAUUUAACAUAUGGUUAAAAUGAAAGCCUUUUACUGUUCAGACUGGAUGCACAGCUUGGAACAAUUUGAUAGGGCACUGUUUGAACUUUGUUAUAUGCACACUGCACACAUGCACACUGAUACACAUUCAACAGGAACUAUUGUUUUAUACUCUUUGUCUUUCUGAGAAUAUGUUCCUCCCAUGAAUCACAUAUGGAUUUUGGGCUCAUUUCUUUGCCAUUAAUAAACUAUAAGACUUUUAACACUGCUGCAUUAUGUAAUUUAAGUGACAUGAGCAUAUUUUGUAUGUGGAGAAUAUGAAAUAUGGUGCCUCUUUCUGAAAGAUCAGUGACAUUUUAGAAGAGCCAUGUCUCGUUCUCCUGAUGGGCAAGAAUUAUGUUGCACUCAACAUGCUCCAACCAACAGAUUUAAACAAUCAGAAUACAUAUUUCUUUGCAGGAUUUUUUGCUAGCAAUUUCAUUGAUUAAUUCACAUCAUCAUUAAUUAAAAAAUACAUCCAACUAUA